UAAACAGCCCUCAUGCAGGUGACGUAAACAGCCCUCUAUAGCAAUACCACAUUAUCGGGCUGGCUUUACCGCUCCAUAAAAGCAUGCAUUAUACUUUUAAUAUGAAAAUAUUCAAUCAAAAUGGAAUAAAAACCUUUUUCUAUAUCUAUAAACUUAUUAAUACAAAUGAGACGGUAUUGUGUCAUGCAUUCAUUAAAUUUGCUAGCUGAAAACUGUCAUAUAUGGUCUGUUCUUAUACAUUGCAUGAAUAUUUUGCUUGCUUUGAGAUCAAUAGUUGCAAUAUUUUCAGUAAUGUCUGAAUUAUAAAUUGUACGACUUUAGUACGUUCAAUUCUAUUUUAAAUUAUGAUAAAAAUACGCAAUUUAUGGCCUCGAAUUCUUGCGCUAACGCUUCUCGCACUUCAAGCUGGACUACUUGAUUAUUUUCUCAUCGAAAAUCUAAGUCUAAAGAGCCUAGCAUGGUUGAUCACAGAUAUUUUUGUCUUGUUUGUGUGGAUUUUGGCAAUGCUUGGGUCAACCAUUCCCAUAUGUAAAAUAUUUCGUGGCUGGCUUGUAAAGAAUCCUAAAGGUAACGAUUUUACAUCAACAUAUGUGGCUUGGGUUGCUUAUGUUGUUCAUUUUGUGCCACAAAUUGUAAUUAUCUUCAAGCUGUUUACCCAUGAACUGGAAAAUGAAGAGUUCCUGAGUCCAAACUUUCUCAAACUAACAUUGUCCAUAACACCAAUGUUAUUUAUAUUGUUGGUUUAUUCUCAUCACAAAUCGAGAGCAUCUUUUGUAAGGAAAACUUUUGUUCAAGUUCUUGUAAGUUCUGUUACCUUAAAUUUAUUCGACUCCGUCGAGAUCCUGGAGUAUUUAUUUGACAAGGAACACAUAUCAUUCUCAAUGGGAAAUGCAAUUAUUUCAUUUUCAUGCAUUAAUUGUCUACCCGUCUUAGCACUGUAUGAGUUAAAACACAAUAAAUUUUAUGAAACCGGUCAAGUGCCCGCUGUAUCGUUCAAGUUAAUAUACGUGCUAUCAUUUUUGUUUUUUGUCGACGUCCCAUUCCUGGUGAUUAGAGUGUAUCUUUGGUAUGCUUUCCAUCUGGAUGUUUCUAUUCUUUUCGCAAAGAAUAUUGUUGGUAUUUUUUUGGGUUUUGUUGAAGUUUACGAGUAUUUCAGUGAUACAAGACCUAUGCGAUGUAAAAAAUGCAAAGCAACUUUUGCCAAAGGAUAUUACAAAAACCACAUAAAUUCCUGUGGAUUUGAACUGAGAAGAACUGCGAAGACAAGCAUCGAACACAUUCCUGAGGAAACUGGAAGAGAACAGGACAAGUUUAUAAACGUCUAGGUCAUCAAUUGCCUUGUAUUUUUGUUAACAUCACUUACAUCCUAAUUGUAUGGAUAUAUAUGUAUAUAUGUAUUUGAAAAUUGGUAACCCAGGCAUAAUAUGAUAAUAUAAAGGAUUCCCUGGA